AUUUCAUCCUAACAAACCAUGAGUCGACCAUAACUAGUUAGCAAACAUGGGGAUUUCAAGAGUAAUUCUGACCUGGAGAAUUACUUUUCCAACGUCCUUGCAGGCUUCGGGUCUACUGGGUAAAUCUUUCCUAGAGACUUCAGCAACUUCUACUUUGGAUAGAUCCUCUGAGCGAUGAAGUAAGCCAAAGAAGUUAAAGAAGGAUAAGAAGAGCAAGAAGAAUAAAUAAACUUAAGAAUGCAUUUUCAGAGUAUUUAAAAGAAGAACAUCACAGGAAAUUCAAUAAUGUGGAAAAGCAGUGCAGUGAGGUACUUGAGGCUGAAGAGAGCAAACUUUUCUGCUACAGAGAUUCUGAACAUGGAGAUGAUAAGCCUAAUAAGCAUCAUUGGGAAAAACAGAGCAUACCAAAAUACUUAGAUACCUCUUUUAGGUAUCUAGAAAGAGUUGGAAAGCACAGUCAGUGGAUUAAAUAACAUG